GUGCAUUUGCUCCCGCUCGGGGCAGCGUUUGCUUCUGCUACUUUUUAAUUGCUCUGCUGAAAGAAGGAGUCUAGUGCAUCCGCUCAUCUGGGGCAAGUGGCAGUCAAAUUUGACUUGCCAAAACUCGCCGAUUUGUUGCUUCCUUGAAUUGUGCAUCUUUCCCAAAAAGAAGGAACAAGUCAGGAAUUUUUGCACUCUUUGGUGCAAAUCGAGGCGACAUAAGAGACAAUGACUCAGUUCAACAAGGGCCCAGCAUAUGGUUUAUCUGCCGAAGUGAGAAGUAAGAUUGCUCAGAAGUAUGACCUACAGAAGGAGGAAGAGCUGAGGUACUGGAUCGAGGAUGUUACCGGCAUGUCGAUUGGAGAAAACUUUCAGCUGGGUCUGAAAGAUGGAGUCAUACUGUGCGAGCUCAUUAAUAAACUUCAACCAGGCUCCAUAAAGAAAAUCAACCGAGCCAAACUUAACUGGCACAAGCUUGAGAACCUGGGCAACUUCAUCAAGGCCAUUCUCGAUUACGGUCUGAAGCACAACGACAUCUUUGAGGCCAACGAUCUGUUCGAGAAUGGGAACCUGACUCAGGUGCAGACCACCCUCCUCGCCCUAGCCAGCACGGCAAAAACCAAAGGUAUGGACACAAAGGUGGACAUUGGUGUGAAGUAUGCGGACAAGCAGUCGCGCCACUUUGAUGAAGAGAAAAUGAAGGCUGGUCAGUGUGUGAUUGGGCUACAGAUGGGGACAAACAAAUGCGCUAGCCAGGCUGGGAUGACCGCUUACGGCACCAGAAGACAUCUCUAUGAUCCAAAGACUCAAACAGACAAACCCUUUGACCAAACCACGAUCAGCCUGCAGAUGGGCACCAACAAGGGAGCAAGCCAGGCUGGCAUGGCAGCUCCUGGCACCAGGAGGGAUAUCUUUGACCAGAAAGUAGCACACCAGCCUGUGAACAACUCCACCAUCUCACUACAAAUGGGCACUAAUAAGGUAGCGUCUCAGAAGGGCAUGAGUGUAUACGGGCUUGGCAGGCAGGUAUACGACCCAAAAUACUGCGCCUCGCCCACUGAGCCCUCCAUCCACAGCAAUGGCAGUCAGGGCACCGGUACCAACGGCUCGGAGAUCAGCGACAGCGACUACCAGGCCGAAUACCAAGGGGAAUAUCAAGAUGACUACCAGGCAGAUUACCACGAUGAAUACAGAGGCCACUCUGACCACGGCAUUGAUUAUUAAACUGCUCGAGAGGAAUAUUUUUGGAUCCUUGCAUCAACAGAGUGAGGCUUUCCCCCCUCGCUGGCCAGUUUUUGAAAUGACAAAGUAGAAACAGAUGUUUAAAGAGGAGCCUUUCCUUUAUCAUCAUUCCACUAUUGGGUUACACUGUAUUUUUUAGGUAGCUUGAGAAUAGAGUAACAUUUUUUUUAUGAACUUUUUAAAAAGUUGAGGUGGGUCAGUGAAACAGGAUAGUGUAUUUAUCUAAUGUCAAUUUUGACAUCUCGGGCCCGAUCUGUAUCCCUACCCUUUGUAUGUCAUCAGCAUGGUGCUCUGAAUCUGAUGUUGGAUUUGGUUAAAGGGAAACUUCACUAAAAAAUGAAACUUCUAUCAUAAUAUACUCGCCUCGAGUUGUUCCAGAUCUGUAUACAUUUCUUUGUUCUGAUGAACACAGCUACCAGACAGAUUUUGCCCCCCACAGAUUACCAUAGUAGGAAAAAUAUACAAUGGGAGUCAAAAGUGCUCCAGAGUUGUUUGCUGUCCUACAUUCUUCAAAAUGUCUUCUUCUGUGUUCAACAGAACAAAUAAAUGAUAAAGUAAUUUGACCUACUAUGGGAGUCAAUGGCGGUCGAGAUCUGAUUUGUUAAAAGCAUUGUUCCAUUUAGAUUUCUAUGUUUUCAUCAAACAAAUAAAUGUAUACAGAUUGGAAACAACUCGAAGGGGAGUAAAUGAUGACAGAAUUGUCAUUUUUGGGUGAAGUAUCCCUGUAAGCAUGGGAGUCUCAGUGCUUUUGAACUCUGUGCGCAGCAUUUAAUAAAUUGGCAUACUGCCUACGGUGCACCAGGGGAGGGAGCAGACAUCCAGAAAGACCGUACGGUUCCCAGGAUGAUUCAAGCAUUGGAGAAUUGUGUUUUUUUUAUUAUCUGUAAAUGUAUACUUUUACUUCUUGUUUUUAAAUCAUUUGACCAAGGCAUGCAUUGCUAAAUUGUGCCAUAGUUCUGUAUGUGUUCACACCUCCAAACUCCUGUUCCCUGCACCCUCUUACCCAUCUUGUAUUUAUUGCCAAAAAUGCCUAAUAGACACCGCUGUCCUGUUAAAUUGCUCUUUUUUUAAUAAAGUGUUUAAAUUUUCAAUCAA